AUGCUUUCUCUGGAUUUCUUAGACGAUGUUCGGCGGAUGAAUAAGCGGCAGGUGCGCGCGGACGCCCGGAGGGGACGGGGACCCGCCUUCCCCCGAGGGCCACGAGGGAGGGGGGAGGGAAAGAGAAAAGGAAGGGGGGAGGGAAGGGGAGCUGCAGCCCCGGAGGGGGGAGAAAAGGGAGGGGGAGGGGAGCUGCAGCCCCUGAGGGGGGGGGGAGGGGAGCCGCAGCCCCGGAGGGGGGAGGGGGGAGAAAAGGGUGGGGGGAGGGGUUGUGUAGCCUCGUAGGAUCAAAGGCCUGAGGGGUCGCCUGGAGGGGGGAGGAGGAUUAAUUAAUUUAAACCCCGCCUUUUUCCCUGACAGGGACCCAAGGCGACUUGCAGAUAAAACCAAGAAAAGCUAAGAACAUAGGGGAGGCGGGGGGGGGGGAAUCAUUUAAAAAACAAUUAAACAUUAACAGAAUCAAAACUAGACUUUGAUAUCCCUCCCUUCCUUAAUGGCAGAACUUGGAGGCAGGGAGGAGCCACCUAGUGAUGGAAGAACCUCGCUGGCCAUAGAUUUAGGACAGACAGCAUAGAGCCGUGGUUCUCAAACUUUGCUCACACCACACCAACUUUUUUAUUCAUUAUAAAUACAGUGGUACCUCGGGUUAAGUACUUAAUUCGUUCUGGAGGUCCAUUCUUAACCUGAAACUGUUCUUAACCUAAAGCACCACUUUAGCUAAUGGGGCCUCCUGCUGCCGCCGGGGCACAAUUUCUGUUCUCAUCCCAAAGCAAAGUUCUUAACCCGAGGUACUAUUUCUGGGUUAGCGGAGUCUGUAACCUGAAUCAUCUGUAACCCGAGGUACCACUGUACAUUGGAGAACACAGCUAGGAUUGUCCUCGGUAUCACAUGGUGCUCUUGCUCUCAUUUUGAAAAGAUAUCUGGGCACAUUCUGCAAAUAAAAAUAAUUAUUUUGAUACAGUGGUGCCUCGUGUUACGUACCGCCCCCCCUUACGAAUGCUGUGGGUUAUGUGCUCCGCUAACCCAGAAGUAGAUGCCCCUUGUUGCAACCUUUGUCCCGGGAUGUGAGCGGAAGUCGCGCUCCGGCGGCACGGCAGCAACGGGAGGCACCAUUGGAGAAAGCGCGCCUCAUGUUACGGGCAGUUUCCUGUUAUGAACGGACCUCCGGAACGGAUUUAGUACGUAACACGAGGUACUACUGUACUGUGCUAAACUACACUGAAAUGUUUGAAUGUUUCUUUGAUUGCCCUUGAAUCUUCCUACCACAACCUUUGAGAGCCACUGACAUAGAGCAUAGGAAGCUGGGAGUCAGGAUUCUCACUGGUCCAUCUAGCUCAUUAUUGUCAGUACUAACAGGCAAUAAGUAGCUCUUUGAGGUCUUCAGGCAAGGAGCCUCCCCCAACCUGAAGAUGCCAUUGGAGAGUGAACCUAGGACCUUGCGCAUGCAAAGCAGGUCCUUUGCCUGUUGGUUUGUGGCUUUCCCCCUACGCAAUGGGCCCUCUUCACAUAGCACAUUGUUUUAAGAGCACAGGGAGCUUCCUUCUGCUAGGUUGACACUUGUAUGUUUAUCUAGCUCAGUGAUGUCUGAUUUGACAAGCAAUGGAUUUCCAGAGUCUUUCAAAAUGAGCUGCUCCCUGAUCCUUUGUAGUCUUGAUUUGCAGUGAAAUCCUUUUUAUGAUGCUGUGCACUGUCAAUUAAAAUUGCAUGUUAGGGAGGGACCGUACUUCAAGUAGUAUGCCACUUGCUGUGUGCAAAGCAAUUUUACUCAGAAGUCAGUCGUGUCUAAGGUGGCAAUCUUAGGAAAUUUGAUGAUGUGCCUCCCCUGGCUUACAGCCUGAGGCUAAACAUCUUUAUUUAGAAAGAAACCCCAUUGAUUUCAAUACAGUAUGUGCUUAUAAUUGGCCUUAGAUGGCUUUGAAAUGGGGUUUGGCAGGUAUCUUCAACCUUUUCCAACCUUGAACUUACCUUUAACCAAGCAUGAAUUUGGGGACAGAUUUCUUAAUCUUUUACCAUAUAUUUGCAUCAUUGCAUGGUGAUAAUGCUGUUGUGACCCACCUUGGAUCAGACUUGCUCCCACUUGGUUUGUCCAGGUAAAGGAUGCUUUUUCCUUUUGCUCUGCUCAACUGGAGAUUAAGAGCAAACAGAUUGUAGAUAAGGCAAUUUGGAAGUAAGGCCUGCUGUGUUUAGUGGAGCCUGCUUCCGUUGCAAAGGAUUGAAGCCAUGCAAUAUGAACUCAUGCUUGUUUAUUUAGAACUAAGUGCUACCAAUUGAAAAGAAUACAGAUACAGGAAGAGUUGAGCUGUUAGCACAGAGCGCCUAUAAAACCAUCCAAAGUCCCAACAUCCUGCUGCAAGAUUGGAAGUCCUUUAACUGGCCACUGUGCACAAACUAGUCUUCAGUAUCCCCCAAGAAGUCAGCAAAGCACUGAAGGGCAAGUGUGGCUAACUGUUUUGGGGCAAAGGGCUACAAAACCCAUGACCGACCCUCCAGGUCUGAUGUGUGAUUAGUGCAAAAGUGGGCAUAGGCAUUAAAAUUCAGAUCCAGUAUGUUGACCUUCAGACAAUAUUGAGUCUCAGAAUAUUUAAAGCUAUCAGUUUAAACCACUUUAUUUGAACUGGGUUCCACUGUUUUAACAGUGCUUGAGAAUUCAAAUGUAAUUGUAUGUCCAGGCAAGCUGCUGGUUGCACUCCACUUACUCCCAAGUAGUGCUGUUGACAGUGAUGGGACUUGCAGAUGAAACAAGUUUGCCAACUACAGUUAAAGAAAGCAGGGUGGGCUUUUUGGAGUGGGGUUUCUCUUGAGAGAGAUCUUUGUGCCUAUGUAUCUUGGGCAGUGGGGUGGCUUUUGUGUUCUCAGUGCCUACCUCACCCUUGUCCCCUUCACCCCCUCCCAGCUGUAUUACCAGGUGCUGAACUUUGGGAUGAUCGUUUCCUCAGCGCUGAUGAUCUGGAAGGGGCUGAUGGUGGCAACGGGCAGUGAAAGCCCCAUCGUGGUCGUGCUUAGGUAAAACUGUGCUGGGAAUCUCUGGUUGCAGGGUGAGACCUCAAGGAUUGCUGGAGCUCAGAUAGCCUGGAAUGGCUUGUCUGGGCUGGAGCAUCUUCUGGGCAUGGCCUCUGCCAACCAGCAUAGACCCUUUCACCACUGCCAUCUUGACAGAAGGGCCUAUGAAACCCAGAAUAGCAAGAAACUGCUAUUCAAACAUCUGUAAAAAGGCAGGGUGCAAACCCCAAAAUAUUCAAAAGCCCACCACGUAGGGGGUGCGUUUCUUGGGUGACAGAGUGCAAAAGGGCCUGUCCGUUACUAAGUAAACUGUAUUUUUCAAGAUAGGCAUUACACUUUUAAUGUAGGGAGGGAGAGAUUGUUUGAAGAAGAGAGUAAUUAGCCCUUGAGGGGAGGCAUUCUAGGAAUAUGAACAUAUCUAUUCAUAUGAAGUCAGCUCCUUGGGCUAUCUAGUCCAGUGUUGUCUAGUUUGAUUGACAGCAGACCACAAAGACUUUCAGUGUAAUACUUUCCUAGAUGUGCCUCCUGAGGCCCUUUUAAUGGGAGCGGGUUGGGCUUAAAACUGGGGCUGCAGAGCAGAAAGAGACAGUAAAGCUAUCCAGAGUUCUGAACCUGCAUUUUGCUGUGAGGUAGGCCAGACCAUCUCCACUGGUGGCCACUUGAGCUAUGGGGUUUCUGAUAGCUUGAUUAUAGUAGUAAAAUAGUUGGGCUAAUGCUGGCAGAUCUUCAUAUACUCCAGGAUAGAUUCCCAGGGUUACCUAGGUCUUCUACAGCUGCCUUUGAAGCUGCUACUCUAAUGGAGCCAGCAAGGUGAAUAAUAAGUACUAAACUGUUACAUAAAAGGGAAAACAUGGACCCACAGCUUGAGAAGAGCCAAGAUCCGUUUCUUCCUACCCAUAUAUUAAUGCGUAUGAAAUGAAAAGAAAGGCUGCCAAGAGAUCAGUAGUCCAAGUCAGCUGGCAGGGAAGAAUAAAAGGCGCAAUAAAGUGCAGCUUCCUGGCUUCCUCAGUACAGACUGUCCUGAGAGAGCUGGCGGUGUAUUUCUUUUCUGGCUCUUUUAGCUGCAAAGAUAGAAGGCCUUGUGAAUUUUUAUCUCUCUGCUUUCUGCACGCAGUUGGGUCCACUUAAUGGGGAACCUUCAGCCCUCCAGAUGUUCUUGGCCUCCAGCUUCUGUGCAUUGGUCAGGGAUGAUGGGAGUCCUGGUCCAACAGUAUCUGGACAGCACAGGUUCCCCAUCCCUGCUUUAAACAUUAACAGCUGUGCCAUGAGAUGGACUCAUGGACAAGAGUGUAACAUGUCAAGGACUCCUGUGGAGCUCAUUACUUCUUGGAAAAGUUCCCAUUGUCAGGUGUGGCAGUACAGUAAAGGAGCUUCAGAUGGGCUGGAUUUUAUAUACAGGCAACUCCCCAUUUGCGCGGGGGUUGCAUUCUGGGUCAUAGCACGAUGGUGUGAAAUAGCUUCUUAGCAGAACACCCAUGGAAAAGCCUUCUUAUACCUUGUUCUUCCCUCUUUUUGUGACAUUUUAGGGCCACUUCCUGGUUCGACAUGAUGCACGCUUGUGUGGUUGUGCACAUAUCGGACACACCUAAAACAUUUGCUGCCUAUACUUACGAUAACAUGUCUAUACCAGCUUUCUUUGUGAUGCAGACACAAGACAUACAACAACAAACAAAAUUAAACAAUACCCUAACAAUAAAACUGAUUAAAAUAUAAACAAAGUCCUUAAAGAUGGAACAAAUCCUAAAAUACUUUAAUUAAAAACACACACACACUGAAAAGGUCUUAGGAUACCAAAUACACCCAUCUGAGAGUGUUGUUCCACAGUAUGGGGCCACUACUGAGAAGGCCAUCUCUUGUGUUUCUAUGAGCCAAACCUCCAUCAAUGGUGGGACUGUAAGAAGGGCUUCAGAUGCUGUGCAAUUGUCUCUAAAAUGUUUAUACAGGAAGAAGCAGCUCUGAAGAAAACCCUGGUCUUAGACAGUAGGCCGAUGUUCCCCCGUUUGGGGCCAUUCAGAUGUAGUUGUUUUCUGUAAGGGUUGAUGGGAGUUGUAGACCCAACAACAUCUGGAGGGCCCCAGGUUGAUGAAGAUUGCAAUGGCCAAAUAAUAUUCCGAAGCUUUAUCCCUAAGCUUACAUCCCAUAUGGCUAAUGGCUUGCACUAUCUGCAGAUCUUCUGCCGGAACUUGAAAUGAGAUGCCAGAAGACUCCCUCUUUGUCUUUGCUUUCCUUGUCAGAAUGUCAGUAUUUCCUGGCAACUGGAGGCAUAACAUACAGAUGCACAAUGCUUACAAAGUUCAGCAUCUCUGCCUGCACUAGAUCAAUUAUUGUAAAAUUUGAAAGGUUAAGGAUUUUGAAUCACUUUGCCAUUUCCCAGACAUAAGUAAUGACCUAGCAGUGCCUGGGAUAAAAUAAUGCUGGUGAUGGAGAGAAUCAAUAAUAGCCCCUUAAUAGCAGCACAUGAGGAAUUAGAUUCCCGGGAGUAUUCAUUUGCAUGCACAUGAAGAUUCCCGCUGUGUUUCAUUCUUAAAGUGAUAGCUGGUGUAGAUUAGUCCAUUCUAGCAGUCCUGUAGCCCUUCAAAACCACCCUGGGUGAUGAUAUCUCAGGACAUAAACGCUGUGCUCAUUAACCGAUGGCUUUGUCUUCCAGCGGCAGUAUGGAGCCUGCAUUUCACAGAGGAGAUCUCCUGUUCUUAACCAAUCGUAUCGAGGAGCCAAUCAGAGUGGGCGAAAUCGUGGUCUUUAGGAUAGAAGGAAGGGAAAUUCCAAUAGUGCAUCGGGUUUUGAAAAUUCAUGAAAAGUACGUGUGCCUUUCUGGAUGGCGGUCGCUGCAAAAGUCUGUUGACAUGUCGCUUGAUGCUGGAAUCCUUUCCCAGACAGCGGCUGCGUUCAGAUGUCACAUUACCAUGGUUUAGAGGAUAGAGAAUAAGUUCUGUUCUUGUGCAAUCCCUUCUCCUCUUCUAUGCUCAGUUUCAUUUGUUACUUUGUGGUUUGAACAAACCGCAGCCUGCCAUUGCAUCCAAACCAUCAAGUUGGCUUGAGCAAACCCUCUGAACCAGGAGUGCAGUCAUGAUUUGAUCCUCAUUUUGAAAUUGGUUACUGAUUCAGAUCAGCAAACUAGUUUGGUUAAACCUGGAAUAGUUUUAUUAAGUCCAGUGCUUGAAGAGAAGAGGAAGCUGCUUCCUGAUCCUUUAAAGAUCACAAGAUAAGGGUGUGUGAUAUCUGAACGUGUUUGGCUGCCUUGGAAAUAACACAGGAAAUAGCAUUCUGUCCUUGGCUUAGUGGGGGUAUUUGCAGUUCUGGAAUAGCUGUGGAAUCUAAACCAUGGCUAUUUUAUGCUUCGGCACAGUUUAUUGGAUGAAUGCUGCUGUUCCUGUCCCCCCGUCGUCCCCUGCUGAGUUUAUUGGACUGUUUAUUGGAUCUUGCGUUCUAUGUUUAUAAGAAGGCCUCUCACAUCUAUUCUCAUGAAAGUAUAUAUGCAGUGACCAAAUAAAUUGUCUGUCUUUUGAUAGGAACUACUUUUAAUGUGAUCCCCUCCCCAAUUGCUUGACUUGAUAACAUUUUCUCUGUCCUUUAGCUUUGCAACAUCCCUUAAACCCUGUAGUCUGCUGGACCUGACAGAGUAUCCCAGUAGUGUGUGUGUGUGUUUGUGUUUGUGCAGGAGUGCAUGCAACAUGGCUGUCUAAGACUGAAUGUGCAUAAUUUAUAUUCCAAUUGCUUUGGGGUGUCUCAUGAGAAGUAACUAAUAAACGAAAUGAAAAUCAGUAAUGAUAAUUUUGUAGAAUCUCUCCCAGAAUUGCAUCCCAUUCAUUUUCUCUCUCUGGGCAGGCAUGUUUUGUUACAUUUCUGACCUUUGCACACAUCUGUAACCCUGUUGUACAAUGGCAUCCUGUCCAGAGGAAUAAGAGGCACACCAGUUUUUUUUUUAUUAAAAAAAGUUGCUGGAUUCUUCCUUGGUUGCCCUUCAGCAGCUACCUAACUCUGGUUUUCCCUCCCUAAGACAAAACGGAGACAUCAAGUUCUUGACGAAGGGUGACAAUAAUGCUGUUGAUGACAGAGGCUUGUACAAGCAAGGCCAGCACUGGCUGGAGAAGAAAGACGUGGUGGGGCGAGCAAGAGGGUAAGCUAUGAGCCAGCAGGGGACAAUGUGUAGCAUACCUUGCAUGUUCAAUUUCCAGUGAAGCUGUCAGUCUUUGCCUCACAUUUUUUAACAUUCCUCUUUGUUAAAAGUACAGUGGUGCCUUGCAAGACGAAAUUAAUCCGUUCCGCGAGUCUCUUCGUCUUGCGGUUUUUUCGUCUUGCGAAGCACGGCUAUUAGCGGCUUAGCGGCUAUUAACGGCUUAGCGGCUUUAAGAAAAAGGAAACAAACUCGCAAGAACUCGCAAGACGUUUCGUCUUGCGAAGCAAGCCCAUAGGGAAAUUCGUCUUGCGGAACGACUCAAAAAACGGAAAACUCUUUCGUCUUGCGCGUUUUUCGUCUUGCGAGGCAUUCGUCUUGCGAGGUACCACUGUAAAAAGAAACUAGCACCAGAAGGGGUGGGGCUGGGGUAGAAGUUCUCCCUCAAUAUGCUAACUUUUAACUUGCAGAAUUUGCGGAGAGGAAGCAUGCAAAUGUUGCAGUCCCCUACCCACUCUCUGAAUUGGUACCAUUUCAGGAGUCGGCCAUCUUGUUUUUCCUCCAUGUGGGCAAAGCCUUGUCCUAUCUAUCAAAUGCAUCUUCAGAACCAACAGUCAACCCAAUGUGUCUAACAGUGGCAUAAUCUCUUUCUUUUUAGAUUUGUGCCAUACAUUGGAAUAGUGACCAUCCUUAUGAACGAUUACCCAAAAUUUAAGGUAUGAUCUUCCACGCAGUUCAUCUGCUAGAGAAAUUAUCUCCUCCCUUAGGCAGGAAGCUUUUAUGUAGAAAAAUUGUUAGCAGGAUCUCUGCAGUUCUUCACAGUUCUUCCCACUUGUGCAACAGAAUUCCUUCCUCUCCUCCCCCUGUAUAUCCCCUAAAUUGGCUCUGAGGGUUUCCCCAAUCCUGUGGAGCAGAUGUGGGGUGGGGGGGUGGGCGCAUGGGGAGAGGAAAGGGGACAGGAAGUUCCAUUGUGCAAGAUGAGUGAGUCAGAUACCGUCCCAGAUAGAGAUCCUGAGCCCCUUUUAAACAGAUCAGACAAUGUGUUUUUAUUUUAUUUUUAAUUUUUAUUGGAAUUUUAUUUACAACAUAACACAACCCAAUACACAAAUCCACCCUCAUUAAACAUGAACAUAACAAAAAUACAGAAGCUUUUCUGCUAGGAAUAAUGGACACAGGUAUAGCAAGAGAAGAUCAGAAAAUAUUCCUCUAUGCCACAGGAGCGGCAAGGAUCCUAACCGCUAAAAACUGGAAAAAGGAAACAGUGCCAACAAAAAAGGAAUGGCAAGAUAAACUGUUAGAGUAUAUUGAACUGGCUAGAUUAGCAGAGGCAAUUAGAGAUCACACUAGACGAGUUUCAAAAAGCAUGAGGGAAAUGCAGAGAAUACUUCACAAAACAGUGCCCUAAAAUACAUACCUGGACUUGUUUCAAUUAAUGUCUGCAGGAGACUUUGUGGAUAUUUAAGUUAUAAUUAGAAAAAGCUUAAUAAUUAUUCAUAAAGGAAACAGCUUAUAAGAAGUAAAUAAGGAGGCCAGAAACAGGAUAAAGGAAGUCUUUUACCUCUUUGUUUGUAUUGUUGUAUGUUAUGCUCACUGUAUGCUAUGUUCAGAUCAGCCAAUGUGAAUCUGCUUCUAAUUAUGUGAUCGCAGUGUUUGAGCAUCCUCUCCGCCACCCCCUUUGCAGAGCUUGGAGCUUUGCUUAACUCUUUGGGCAUGGACUGGGGGUGAGGAAAGGCCAGAAUACAUAGGGCGGGGGGAGGCACUGAUGAGGACUUAGCAUGAUAGGGAAAGCCAAGGAAUUGCAGCCCACCCCACACUUAAGACUUGCUCUGACUUCCAAACGGGUAAAGAAACUCUACAUAUUCUAGACGUUUUCCAUUGCAUCUCUUCAGGCUGGCUCCUCAAGGAGGUGAUAACCCUGUGCCUGGGAUGUCCCACUUCAGAUUGGGGGGAGGGGGUGUUACAUGAUAAAUCCCUCAAUUAAAAAAUAAAAAAUAAACUAGCGCAGUCAGGAUGAAGGCUAAGCUAGAACCAUUUCUCCUUUGACAUCUGGCUUUUUGUGAAGAGAGAGAGAAUAAUAAUAAUAAUAAUAAUAAUAAAUUUUAUUUAUAUCCCGCCCUCCCCAGCCAAAGCCGGGCUCAGGGCGGCUAACAACAAUAAAACAGUAUAAAAGUGUAGCAUAAACAACACUCUAAAAUCAUUCAUUAUAAAAUUAAUUAAUUCAGGCCACUGGCAACUAUUGGGCCAGAGCUCCGCGAAGAUUGCCGAGGGAGGGAGUCAGGCUGUGCCCUGGCCAAAGGCCUGGUGGAAGAGCUCUGUCUUGCAGGCCCUGCGGAAAGAUGUCAAGUCCCGCAGGGCCCUGGUCUCUUGUGACAGAGCGUUCCACCAGAUCGGAGCCACAGCCGAAAAAGCCCUGGCUCUAGUUGAGGCCAGCCUAACUUCUCUGUGGCCUGGGACCUUCAAGAUGUUUUUAUUUGAAGACCGUAAGUUUCUCUGUGGGGCAUACCAGGAGAGGCGGUCCCGUAGGUACGAGGGUCCUAGGCCGUAUAGGGCUUUAAAGGUUAAAACCAGCACCUUAAACCUGAUCCUGUACUCCACCGGGAGCCAGUGCAGCUGGUGUAGCACCGGGUGAAUGUGAUCUCGCAGCGAAGACCCCGUAAGGAGUCUCGCUGCAGCAUUCUGCACCCGCUGGAGUUUCUGGGUCAGUCUCAAGGGCAGCCCCACGUAGAGCGAGUUACAAUAAUCCAGUCUGGAGGUGACCGUCGCGUGGAUCACAGUGGCUAGGUCAGGGCGAGAGAGGUAAGGAGCCAACUGCUUAGCUUGGCGGAGAUGGAAAAAUGCCGCCUUUGUUAUAGCUGCAAUCUGCGCCUCCAUGGAAAGGGAGGUGUCGAAGAUUACACCCAAACUCUUAACGGAUGGUGCUGGCACUAAUUGCGCCCCCGCAAGAGAUGGGAGUUGCCCCCCCAAUCCCAUAUCGCCCCGUCCCAGCCACAGGACCUCUGUCUUCGAAGGAUUUAGCUUCAACCGGCUCCCAUGUAACCAUCCAGCCACAGCUUCCAAACAUCUGGUCAGUGUGUCUGGGGCCGAGUCAGGAUGGCCAUCCAUCAACAGAUAGAGUUGGGUGUCAUCGGCAUACUGAUGUCAACCCAGCCCAAAACUCCGAACAGGGAGUGGUGGGUUUGAUCCCAUCACGUAAACCCCACCUGCAGUCUGAAGGUGGUGGUAUGGUCCACUGGCCAGGUAUUAGUUUGCCACCUUGAUGAGCGUUGUUGUUGUUGUUGUUGUUGUUGUUGCACUCUAUACCCACAAGUCUCAGUGGGUUCACAGGAUAAAAUCACAAUAUAAAAACCGAAAUUACUGGUACAUAAUCAAAAUAAAACAAAAACAACACCCCCCCCCCCGGAAAAAAAACCAGCCCACAUUUUUAAAGGCAUUACUGUUAGGUUUUUUGUUUUUGUUUUGUUAAGCUGGGAUGUUGUGAUUCUAUGAAAUCUUGAGAUCCUGUAUAGUAGCCUGUCAUCCAUUCUAUUCUACAAAUCACGAUUGUGCAUUCUUAUACCUAAGCUGUAAGUGUGUUUGGCAGCUCAAAUCCUUUUGUCUUUUCCCCCCACAGUACACUGUCCUCUUUCUACUGGGCUUGUUUGUGCUGGUGCAUCGAGAGUAG